CUGUAAACGGUGGUAGUGUAGUCGCAGUCCUCGACUGUGUACCGGCAGUGAUAGACGCGACUCUGUGGACACUUUGAUCAAAUCUCAGCGCCAUGGUGGCUCUAAACCAGGACCCUCCUCCCUACGACGCCCAGGUGUCAAACGGGCACGUGAAUUGCGCCUUCAAUGGAGAUGUACAAUCCAAGGAGGCGGCGAAGAAAGAGAAGGAGAGCUUGGCCAAGAAGUAUGAGGGUCAAGACCCUUGGGCCGUCACGGAGCUGGCGGUUGACGACGGUGUCAAGUGGAGCGAGAUGACGACGACGGAGAAGGUGCAGCGGGUGACAAUGAACACUCUUAAGGUGUCUCUGGUGCUGGGCUUCCUCUACCUCUUCAUCUGCUCCCUCGACUUCCUCUCAUCCUCCUUCAGGCUCAUUGCUGGCAAGACAACAGGUGAUGUGUUGAACAACGAGUAUGUCAAGAACCCCAUCGUGGGCCUCAUGAUCGGCAUCCUGGUGACCGUCCUCGUACAGUCGUCCUCCACCUCCACCUCCAUCAUCGUCUCUAUGGUCUCCGCUCAGAUUCUGGAGGUGCACACGGCUAUCCCGAUGAUAAUGGGUUCUAACAUUGGCACUUCCGUCACCAACACCAUCGUCUCCCUCACACAGGUUGGCGACCGUAACGAGUUCAGGCGAGCCUUUGCUGGAGCUACUGUCCACGACAUGUUCAACUGGCUGGCUGUCAUCACGCUACUCAUUAUUGAAAUCACCACAGGAAUGUUAGAAAAACUGACCACUGCUCUGAUAUCUGACCUUCAGUGGGUCAAAGGUGGUGGCGAGGUCAAAAUGCUCAAGGUCAUCACUGAUCCCUUCACCAAACUGGUCGUACAGCUUGACAAGAGUGUGCUGAUGGCAUGGAGUACUGGCAAAGGGCCAUUGGUGAAUGAAACUUCACUGAUCAAAAAGUACUGCAAGAAGGCAUGCCUGGAGAUAACGACCACUGCUUCUGCCACUACUGACCUGAGCACCACAGAAUGUAUUAAAGUGCCUGUAAAUAAUUCUUGCAACUUCAUCUUCUACCAAACGUCACUUACUGACGGACAGGUGGGUAUCAUCCUCCUCAUCAGCUCCCUCGUGAUCCUCUGCUCGGCUCUUAUCACAAUUGUCAAGAUCCUCAACUCCAUGAUGAAAGGCAAGAUGGCAGUGAUCAUUAAGAAAACGAUCAACGCCAACAUCCCCUACGUUCCCUGGCUUACUGGCUACAUUGCCAUCUUCGUUGGUGCCCUCAUGACCUUCGUUGUCCAGUCGUCCUCCAUUUUCACCUCCACACUGACGCCUCUCAUUGGUAUUGGGGUGAUCACAGUGGAGAGGUCAUACCCACUCACACUUGGCAGCAACAUUGGUACGACCACUACUGCACUCUUGGCCUCCAUGGCGGGCGAGGGAGACGGUCUAGUCUAUGCCAUACAAAUUGCCUUGGUACAUCUCUUCUUCAACAUUUUUGGUAUCUUGUUUUUCUAUCCGAUACCGUUCAUGAGGUUCCCCAUCCCUCUAGCCAAGAAGCUGGGAGACACCACCGCCAAGUACCGUUGGUUUGCCAUCUUUUAUCUCGUCUUCAUGUUUUUCCUCAUGCCUGGAUUUGUCUUCCUCCUCUCUCUAGGUGGAAGUUUAGCUCUAUACAUCGUUGGUGUUCCUCUGGUGAUCACCUUGGUGUUUGUUUUUAUCAUCAACAUCCUCCAGUACAAGAAACCCAGCCUUUUGCCACGCUUCCUGCAGACCUGGAACUGGCUCCCCAUGCCUCUGCAUUCUCUCCAGCCCUACGAUGCAUGCUGUCUCGCUCUACCAUGCUGCAAGUCCUGUCGUGUCGCAGAUGCUGGCAACAACGAACUGUCUAGCGUUGAAGUACCCAAGGACAGUGGCCUGGAAAACCAAGCUUUUGAGCGUACUGACACAAGGUUCUGAGUAAACCUAAUAAACUAAACUGGUGAUGUUCAUACUGCCAAAAAUGUACACGUUCAUUACCCUCAUAUAAGUUGUGUUUUAUCACUGUGUCUUCUUUAUUUUCCAUUUAAACUAUCACUGGACGUUUAUUUAAAGUGAAUAUUUUAUUUUCGAAAUUUAUGUAUCUGAUUCAUAUAAUGGUUGUGAUUUAGAUGUUUUGGUGUUUGUUUUAGCAUUCAUACAUCUUGUUUUAAGAGUCACGCAUAGUUCCAGUAAUGUGCGUGUAGAUGAUUACAAAUAGUGUUCUACUUCACACAUCUUCACUUUUUUUUACUUCCGUAACUUCACUUUCAGUAAGAUAUUUUAUUCUUGGCAAUACAAUGCCAUUGAAAAUCUUUUCUAAAUACUUAGACUUUGAUGUGCUUUUUUGUCUUUCAUUAGGACAAAGUUGCAGUUUUAUCACACUUCAUUUUAUGGAAAGUCCAGUUUGUUCAUAUUUUCAUAUUAAAAAUCAUUUCAUUUUCCUCAGAGUUCAUAUUCAUUAUCAUCACCAUUGUCAAUCAUCAUCAUCCUAAACAUGAUCAUUUAGCACAGUUAGUGUUUACAUUCACAAAACACUUUAUAAAUAUUUGUUGUUAUACUCAAUGGAGUCAGACUUGAAAUGUGAGAAGUAAAGGUCAGAUAAACCAUAACACUGCACAGUCUAUGAAAUUAAUCAUUGUUUUCGAGUAAACUGAACACUCUAUAUCAUACAUUAGGUAUGAAAGAAAAUGUGCGUUUGAUACACCCAAGAAACCAUUACUUCAUUGUCUUAUGUUAAGAAUGGAGGCAGUUAAAACUUUACUCCUCACAUUAAAUAGAAAAGGAGGCUUAAAUGAUGCAUGGGCCUCGCGACUAUGAACUGGGGUCUUAGCCUUAAAAUGUAAUUAUUAAAGACUUAGGUACCUGAAUGAGAGUCAGUGUAUAAUAAUCGAUAUCCAAAACUACAUGGGUGUAGCAUUUGAUGUUUGUAGAUGAGUAUAUGAGCUGAGGAUAUUCGGCUUCUAUCCAGUUCACUUUUCCUUCAGAUUGUACUAAUAAUCAAGACAGAUUGUAUCAUAUUUAUAGACUGUCCUCUGGCAUUUGUGGAACACAGUCAGUUGGACAUUGAAAGCUAUUUUGUGGAAGUAAUAGUAAAUAUUGUUAAUGUGUAUACUUACAUAUUAUUAUUAUGGCUAGAGGGAGCCUUAGUUUAGUGGUUUAUGAUGAGUAUGUCCAGAAUAUGCAGUUACAUGCACUCCUUGUUCAAGUUAAUGUAGAUAAGAAUACGUAAACUUCAAUACACGGUAAAUGAAAGUAAAAACAAAAUUGUGGUCUAAGUAGCAUCCAAACGUGUGAUGUGGUUGCUGCACGUAAGUACGUCUUGCAAGUCCAUCAUGUGCCUUAUUUAUCCGUGUGGACACCAAUGUACAAAAUGCAUCAGAAAGUCUUUCCAGGCAUAUUAGUUGUGCCAAUAAAUGUUGUAGAACGGAAGGUCUUAUCAAAAAGACCUAAACAAUAAUAUUGUAUUUUUACUUAUGUAUUACUUUCUUCUUAACUUUUGUAUUAGUUUUUUUGCAAAACACCUUAGUGAUUAUGGUUUAGUAUUUUGAAUGUGGACAUGUACUUAAAACUUUUAAUUAAUAUAUUUAGACGAAAUGAUUGAAGGGGAAACGAUUUAGAUGCUGUAAUUCAAGCUCCUUGUUGAUACUGCAAUUCCUAGUUUUUUUUUCUUUUUUUUUUACAAAAUUACCUACAUUAGCUCAUGUUAGGCAGACUUUGUAAUACUACAAUGGACUUUUACUCCAUUAUAGUACUGCUCAAGUAUGGUUCAGUACAGUAUUGUAUAUUUGACUGUAAAAGACUUCCCUGUACGAGUAUGUUCUUUCAGACAGUCACGGUGCAACUCUUCCUCCAGUACCUUUGUCUUCUCUUUAAGGUAUGUGAUUUUUACCUAUACUAAUGUUCUCAGUUUAGUGUAUGAUUUUUUCGCAUGUAUUACUAAUAGAAGGAUGAGUGUGUGUUUUGGCUUGCAAGGAAGUGUUGCUGUAGAUGAUUACAGCAUUACAACAUUAUAAAGUCCAUAGAUAUUUUAUGUAACAUAAAUGCAGACGAGGCAUUUUAUAUUCUGACUAGAAGCUGUAUAUUUGUAGAUACUUGUGUAAAUAUAUUUGUCAGAACUAUUAUUACACCAAAGUAAUAAUUAUAUAUCCAUAUAAAUUAA